AUGAGCAAAGCUGUUGGUAUUGACUUGGGAACGACCUACUCGUGUGUGGCUCGCUUCGCCAACGACAGAUGUGAUAUUAUCGCCAACGAUCAAGGGAACAGAACUACUCCCUCUUUCGUGGCCUUCACCGAUACUGAGAGAUUGAUUGGUGAUGCUGCUAAGAACCAGGCGGCAAUGAACCCGGCUAACACCGUGUUUGAUGCCAAGCGGUUGAUUGGUCGCAAGUUCAACGACCCUGAAGUUCAAAAUGACAUGAAGCACUUCCCGUUCAAGGUGGUUGAUAAGCUGGGGAAGCCGGCUAUCCAAGUUGAAUACAAGGGUGAAACUAAAGUGUUUUCCCCAGAAGAAAUCUCCUCGAUGGUGUUGGGGAAGAUGAAAGAGACUGCUGAAGCCUUUAUUGGUUCGAAGGUGACUGACGCUGUGGUCACUGUGCCUGCCUAUUUCAAUGACUCGCAAAGACAAGCCACUAAGGACGCUGGUCUCAUUGCUGGCCUCAACGUGUUGAGAAUCAUCAACGAACCCACUGCUGCUGCCAUCGCUUACGGUUUGGACAAGAAGGGCAACACCAAGGGUGAACAGAACGUGUUGAUCUUUGACCUUGGUGGUGGUACUUUUGACGUCUCUCUUUUGGCGAUUGAAGACGGUAUUUUUGAGGUCAAGGCCACCGCUGGUGACACUCACUUGGGUGGUGAAGACUUUGACAACCGCUUGGUCAACCACUUCAUCCAAGAGUUCAAGCGCAAGACUGGCAAGGACAUCACUGGUAACCAGAGAGCGUUGAGAAGAUUGAGAACCGCAUGUGAACGCGCCAAGAGAACUUUGUCGUCAUCGGCGCAAACCUCGAUUGAAAUCGAUUCGUUGUACGAAGGCAUCGACUUCUACACGUCGAUCACCAGAGCCAGAUUUGAGGAAUUGUGUGGUGACUUGUUCAGAGCCACCAUGGACCCUGUGGAAAAGGUGUUGAAGGAUGCUAAGAUUGACAAGUCGCAAGUGAACGAAAUCGUGCUUGUUGGUGGUUCCACCAGAAUCCCUAAGAUCCAGAAGUUGGUUUCUGACUUCUUUAACGGCAAGGAACCCAACAAAUCGAUCAACCCUGAUGAAGCUGUCGCCUACGGUGCUGCUGUGCAAGCCGCCAUCUUGACCGGUGACACCUCAUCGCUGACUCAAGACUUGUUGUUGUUGGAUGUGGCUCCCUUGUCCCUCGGUAUCGAGACUGCUGGUGGUAUCAUGACCACUUUGAUUCCGAGAAACUCCACUAUUCCGACCAAGAAGACGGAAACCUUCUCCACUUACGCCGACAACCAACCCGGUGUAUUGAUCCAAGUGUUUGAAGGUGAAAGAACCAAGACCAAGGACAACAACUUGCUUGGUAAGUUCGAAUUGUCGGGGAUCCCUCCCGCUCCUAGAGGUGUGCCUCAAAUUGAAGUCACCUUCGACUUGGACGCCAACGGGAUCUUGAACGUAUCUGCCUUGGAGAAGGGUACUGGUAAGACUCAGAAGAUUACCAUCACCAACGACAAGGGCAGACUCUCGCAAGAGGAUAUCGAACGCAUGGUGGCUGAAGCUGAGAAGUACAAGGAAGAAGAUGAAGCUGAAGCUGCUAGAGUUGGUGCCAAGAAUGGUCUUGAAUCCUACGCCUACUCGUUGAAGAACUCCAUCAACGGUGACUUGAAGGAUAAGAUUGAUGCCGGCGACAAGCAGACUCUUGAAAAGGCCAUUGACGAGACCAUAUCAUGGUUGGACGGUGCUCAAGCUGCCACCAAGGAAGAAUACGCCGACCGUCAAAAGGAAUUAGAACUGGUGGCCAACCCCAUCAUGUCUAAGGUCUACGGUGGCGCUGCUGGAGGCAUGCCUGGUGCUGAUGCCUCGGCUGGUGCUGCUGGCUCUGCUGGAGCUGAAGGUCCCUCGGUCGAAGAAGUUGACUAA